CCCCAUCCAUCGUUUCCAUUCCAACCCGCACGCGAGGUCCUAAAGCCCUAACCCUAGCCGCCUCUCUAGCUCCUCGUCUUCGGGCCGGCGCUGCUUCGUCGUCGUCGUCGUCGAUGGCCUCGGAGACGGAGACGUUCGCCUUCCAGGCGGAGAUCAACCAGCUGCUCUCGCUCAUCAUCAACACCUUCUACUCCAACAAGGAGAUCUUCCUCCGCGAGCUCAUCUCCAACUCCUCCGAUGCGUUGGAUAAGAUCAGGUUCGAGAGCUUGACGGACAAGAGCAAGCUGGAUGCUCAGCCAGAGCUGUUCAUCCAUAUUGUCCCUGACAAGGCCUCCAACACUCUCUCGAUCAUCGACAGUGGUAUUGGUAUGACCAAGUCAGACCUUGUGAACAACCUGGGUACCAUUGCCAGGUCAGGGACCAAGGAGUUCAUGGAGGCACUGGCCGCUGGUGCUGAUGUGUCCAUGAUUGGUCAGUUCGGUGUCGGAUUCUACUCUGCCUACCUUGUUGCCGAGAGGGUAGUUGUCACCACCAAGCACAACGAUGACGAGCAGUACGUGUGGGAGUCUCAGGCUGGUGGGUCAUUCACUGUCACACGUGACACAUCUGGGGAGCAGCUUGGCAGGGGUACUAAGAUCACCCUCUAUCUCAAGGAUGACCAGUUGGAGUACCUUGAAGAGCGCCGCCUCAAGGACCUGAUCAAGAAGCACUCUGAGUUUAUCAGCUACCCCAUCUCUCUGUGGACAGAGAAGACCACUGAAAAGGAAAUUUCUGAUGAUGAAGAUGAGGAAGAGAAAAAGGAUGCCGAGGAGGGCAAGGUUGAGGAUGUUGAUGAAGAGAAGGAAGAAAAGGAGAAGAAAAAGAAGAAGAUCAAGGAGGUUUCUCAUGAGUGGAACUUGGUCAACAAGCAGAAGCCUAUCUGGAUGAGGAAGCCUGAGGAGAUAACCAAGGAGGAGUAUGCUGCUUUCUACAAGUCCCUGACAAACGACUGGGAAGAGCACCUUGCUGUGAAGCACUUCUCUGUGGAGGGUCAGCUGGAGUUCAAAGCUAUUCUCUUUGUUCCCAAGAGGGCACCAUUUGACCUCUUCGAUACAAGGAAGAAGCUGAACAACAUCAAGCUCUACGUCCGUCGUGUCUUCAUCAUGGACAACUGCGAGGAGCUGAUCCCUGAGUGGCUGAGCUUUGUAAAGGGCAUUGUUGACUCUGAGGACCUUCCCCUCAACAUCUCCCGUGAGAUGCUUCAGCAGAACAAGAUUCUCAAGGUCAUUCGUAAGAACCUUGUGAAGAAGUGCGUUGAGCUCUUCUUUGAGAUUGCUGAGAACAAGGAGGACUACAACAAGUUCUAUGAAGCGUUCUCCAAGAACCUCAAGCUUGGUAUCCACGAGGACUCCACCAACAGAAACAAGAUUGCUGAGCUCCUGAGGUACCACUCCACCAAGAGCGGUGAUGAGCUGACCAGCCUGAAGGACUACGUGACCAGGAUGAAGGAAGGCCAGAGUGACAUAUACUACAUCACUGGUGAGAGCAAGAAGGCCGUGGAGAACUCCCCCUUCCUGGAGAAGCUGAAGAAGAAGGGUUAUGAGGUCCUGUAUAUGGUUGAUGCUAUUGAUGAGUAUGCCGUCGGCCAGCUGAAGGAGUUUGAGGGCAAGAAGCUCGUCUCCGCCACCAAGGAGGGCCUGAAGCUUGAUGAGAGCGAAGACGAGAAGAAGAGGAAGGAGGAGCUCAAGGAGAAGUUCGAGGGGCUCUGCAAGGUCAUCAAGGAGGUGCUCGGCGACAAGGUCGAGAAGGUGGUGGUCUCCGACCGUGUGGUGGACUCCCCGUGCUGCCUCGUCACCGGCGAAUACGGCUGGACGGCCAACAUGGAGAGGAUCAUGAAAGCCCAGACGGAGACGUUCGCCUUCCAGGCGGAGAUCAACCAGCUGCUCUCGCUCAUCAUCAACACCUUCUACUCCAACAAGGAGAUCUUCCUCCGUGAGCUCAUCUCCAACUCCUCCGAUGCGUUGGAUAAGAUCAGGUUUGAGAGUUUGACGGACAAGAGCAAGCUGGAUGCUCAGCCUGAGCUGUUCAUCCAUAUUGUCCCUGACAAGGCCUCCAAUACUCUCUCAAUUAUCGACAGUGGUAUUGGUAUGACCAAGUCGGAUCUUGUGAACAACCUGGGUACCAUCGCCAGGUCAGGGACCAAGGAGUUCAUGGAGGCACUGGCCGCUGGUGCUGAUGUGUCCAUGAUUGGUCAGUUCGGUGUUGGAUUUUACUCUGCCUACCUUGUUGCCGAGAGGGUAGUUGUCACCACCAAGCACAACGAUGACGAGCAGUACGUGUGGGAGUCUCAGGCUGGUGGGUCAUUCACUGUCACACGUGACACAUCUGGGGAGCAGCUUGGUAGGGGUACUAAGAUGACCCUCUAUCUCAAGGAUGACCAGUUGGAGUACCUUGAAGAGCGCCGCCUCAAGGACCUGAUCAAGAAGCACUCUGAGUUCAUCAGCUACCCUAUCUCUCUGUGGACUGAGAAGACCACUGAAAAGGAAAUUUCUGAUGAUGAAGAUGAGGAAGAGAAGAAGGAUGCUGAGGAGGGCAAGGUUGAGGAUGUUGACGAAGAGAAGGAAGAAAAGGAGAAGAAAAAGAAGAAGAUCAAGGAGGUUUCUCAUGAGUGGACCUUGGUGAACAAGCAGAAGCCUAUCUGGAUGAGGAAGCCUGAGGAGAUCACCAAGGAGGAGUAUGCUGCUUUCUACAAGUCCCUGACAAACGACUGGGAAGAGCACCUUGCUGUGAAGCACUUCUCUGUGGAGGGUCAGCUGGAGUUCAAAGCUAUUCUCUUUGUUCCUAAGAGGGCACCGUUUGACCUCUUCGAUACAAGGAAGAAGCUCAACAACAUCAAGCUCUACGUACGCCGUGUCUUCAUCAUGGACAAUUGUGAGGAGCUGAUCCCUGAGUGGCUGAGCUUUGUGAAGGGCAUUGUUGACUCCGAGGACCUUCCGCUCAACAUCUCCCGUGAGAUGCUUCAGCAGAACAAGAUUCUCAAGGUCAUUCGUAAGAACCUUGUGAAGAAGUGCGUUGAGCUCUUCUUUGAGAUUGCUGAGAACAAGGAGGACUACAACAAGUUUUAUGAAGCGUUCUCCAAGAACCUCAAGCUUGGUAUCCACGAGGACUCCACCAACAGAAACAAGAUUGCUGAGCUCCUGAGGUACCACUCCACUAAGAGCGGUGAUGAGUUGACCAGCCUCAAGGACUACGUGACCAGGAUGAAGGAGGGACAGAGUGACAUUUACUACAUCACCGGUGAGAGCAAGAAGGCCGUGGAGAACUCCCCCUUCCUGGAGAAGCUGAAGAAGAAGGGAUACGAGGUCCUGUACAUGGUUGAUGCUAUUGAUGAGUAUGCCGUCGGCCAGCUGAAGGAGUUUGAGGGCAAGAAGCUCGUCUCUGCCACCAAGGAGGGACUGAAGCUUGAUGAGAGUGAAGACGAGAAGAAGAGGAAGGAGGAGCUCAAGGAGAAGUUCGAGGGGCUCUGCAAGGUCAUUAAGGAGGUGCUCGGCGAUAAGGUCGAGAAGGUGGUGGUCUCCGACCGUGUGGUGGACUCUCCGUGCUGCCUCGUCACCGGCGAGUACGGCUGGACGGCCAACAUGGAGAGGAUCAUGAAGGCCCAGGCGCUGAGGGACUCGAGCAUGGCAGGGUACAUGUCUAGCAAGAAGACGAUGGAGAUCAACCCGGAGAACGCCAUCAUGGAGGAGCUACGCAAGCGCGCCGACGCCGACAAGAACGAUAAGUCGGUCAAGGACCUCGUCAUGCUCCUCUUCGAGACGGCCCUCCUCACCUCCGGCUUCAGCCUCGACGACCCCAACACCUUCGGCAGCAGGAUCCACCGCAUGCUCAAGCUCGGCCUGAGCAUCGAUGAAGACGAGACGGCGGAGGCCGACACCGACAUGCCUCCUCUCGAGGACGACGCCGGCGAGAGCAAGAUGGAGGAGGUCGACUAAGCGCCUGUUUUUUCUCUCGUUAAUUCCCUCGCAUCGACAGUACUCCAUGGAGCUAGCUUAUCUGGUUACACUGUUUUGAACCUCGCGUUGUUGGUCGGUUCUUUUUUUUGCGAUUAACUCUACCAAGCCUGCAAUGCAUGGAUUUAAGUAUGUGCUAUGGGUUCUUGAAAUGCGUACGUUAAUUGUUGCUACUAUGAUAUUACAUUAGUACCGUCCUGUUUUCGUCCAGUGAACAGGCUACAUAUAUGCAUACUCUGUAUUUGUUUGGA